UCACCUCUCCCGUCUAUUUACCCAUACCAAGCGAUGCGCCAUGGAGACUGAAUCGUCCUUUGUCGCGCCAGAGGGUGUUUAUACCGUCACCGAAGAGCACAAGCACAGUCUCACUGGCGUUCAUACCGUCACUGCUGCGCCUUUUAUCUACCCGACCAGGCUUAAGACGGUGACGGUGAAGUUCACUGUUUCCAAGAACGCCAACUCGCAAGUGCUGUCGCAGCUACUGGGGGGUAGCAGGGAGAAGGAGAAUAAGAAGGAUAAGGAGAGGCAGGAGCGGGAAAAGGAGAGGCUAGAUAGGGAGCGGGAGAAACAGCAGGAUGGUCUCAGCGUAUCCAGCAGCGAAACCCAAGAAGACGCACCGUCUCCCGACCCUUCGAGUUUCUCCCCUUCACCUGACAAUGCCACGUCGCCGGCCGUCGCACAUGAACAGCUGAACAGCCUGUUCGGCGGUCCUUCGCAGAUAGGCAAGAAGAAGUCCGUUGCCCGCCCCAAACACAACAUGCGGACCACCUCUUCGACCUUCAUUACAAGACUACAGAACGUGGAUAAUCUGAACAGGAAUCUGGCAUCGAAGCAGGGGGAGACGACGUUCUUAUUCUAUAACACUUCAAAGUCCUUCAUUUGGACUGAGGCUGGCUGCAAGGCAAAGGAACCUCUGGCCCGCAUAUUCUUUGCAGCGUACCCGACAUGCCAUGAUGUAAACAUCACGACUGCUUCCUCAGAACGAGUAGACGUGAUCAUAGGCUUUAACACGGGUGACCUCCUGUGGCUCGACCCCAUGUCGUCAAGAUAUGGCAGGCUAAACAAGCAGGGUCGCAUCUGCAACUCACCAUGUACAGCCGUGCGAUGGGUGCCGUCAUCACCGAAUUUAUUUCUUGUUUCACACGCAGAUGGAACAAUCCUGCUAUACGACAAAGAACGCGAAGACGGCGCGUUCUCUCCCAAGGAUCCUAUGUCCGCCACACUGACUGAGGUCAAUGGGGUCCCUCAAACACCUCAAACACCUCAAGAGCCCUGGAACCCUCUGGACUCUAUCUUCGUGACCCUCCCUCCGUGGCACCCGGCUACCAUAGCGUCCUCGUUAUCGAACGGCAAAACUGACAGGGAUAAGGAUCGCAUACCCAAGAAUCCAGUUAGCCACUGGCGUGUAUCUAAGAAGAAAGUCCUUGACUUUGUAUUCUCCCCAGAUGUGAAACAUGUAGCGGCUAUCUCGGAGGAUGGUUGCCUAAGAGUGAUUGAUGCAGUCGCGGAGCAACUGGUGGAUUGUUAUUCGUCGUACUUCGGUGCUUUGACUUGUGUAGCUUGGUCGCCAGAUGGCCGAUAUAUCUUGACGGGAGGUCAGGAUGACCUUGUUACUAUUUAUUCACCAUGGGAGCAACGCGUAGUUGCGCGGUGCCAGGGACAUUCAUCUUUUGUCGCUGCCGUUACUUUUGACGAUAUUCGCUGUGACGGCAGGACGUAUCGCUUUGGCAGCGUGGGCGAGGACAACAAGCUCAUACUGUGGGAUUUUUCAAGUGGUGCUCUGCACCGGCCAAAGCUACAGGCCGCCGCUCACCAUCAGCGCAUGUCGAUGACAUCCAACGUCUCAUUAGCGCUUCGAAGACGUGGCGAAUCCGUUGUGUAUUUGGGUGGUCCGGGAAUGGACACGCCUAUGCCGCGAUACCACCCGGCGCCGUCAAGGAACGAAGUUGCCGUGCUUCAGCCCGUGCUUAUUAAGCCGAUUGAAGGGGAUCUGCUCACGGACACUAUCUUCUACCACAGAGGUCUGUUAACUGCAAAUAAAGUGGGGCACGUCAAACUUUGGGUACGGCCGCUCGCCGCGCAUCCUCGCCACCUGAAGAGCCGGACAAACCGAAGCAACUCCUUUGCGGACACCGACGUUUUCGGAUCAGCUGCUCCCCUUUCGCGUUAACAUGGACUAGACGUGCAUAUCUAUCGCAUCUUUAUUCUUAACAUAGGAUGUGUCACUCUACCAAUCGCAUCUACUGCUGAAUCCUUGUAUCUCUCUGUCUGUAUUCCGACAUCCACUGCUACUCUUUACUGUACACUGCACCACAAAUGCAAUACUCAAUU